GGCCAUUUAUGACAUUUGCCUUAACUUGACAUGAGUUCUUGUUCGGUAAGUUGAAUAGAAUGUCAAUUUAUUUGCGCUAAUAGUGUCACCUAAAUAACAUCAUCAUGAUGCACAACAAUUCUCCACGUUUUGGCAUACCCCUCAAGUCCCAAACACCAGGUGCUGUUGGACCAACAAGCUAUAUCUUGUGUGAUGGCACAGAAAAAUUACCCAAUCGUGUACCAUUUUUGAGCUCAGAAAAAAAGGAGCCUUCAUUUUUUGGACCAUCGUUCUGUGAUGCAUUUUACGAUGUAUGCAAUGAUCAGACGAUUUUGGGAGGUACCUCACCAAGGUACAAAUCACCACGCUUAAAGAAAGUGGAAGACGAUUCAAUUGGCCCCGGAUAUUACGACAAGGAUCCUUUGAAGGAAGUCCCAUCCAAAGCAUGUAGAGCGGGCAAAGGAAAAUUGUAUCUAUGUCGAGUGCCAUACACGUGGUCAGGAGAUACUCUACCAAAACCACAAAGGCGCAAGAGCAGGCACGUUGGACCCAUGACCUAUCACACGGAACAGAAGCUCUACUACGGUUACUACUAUGGCGGAGGCAGCCGUUGGUCAGCAAGUCGGACCCAGCGAAAAUUUUGCAAUGCUCAAGACACGCCAGGACCAGCUGAUUACCAGGUGAGGCCGAUCCACUGCUCCAGGAAAAAAAGGGAUGAGGAAUUCCGGGAGAUGGCGCGACUACUGACCUUCAUUCCCAGGUAUGUGGAGGCACAAGAGAUGAAAGCCCAAUCAGAGGGUUUUCCUGGUCCAGGCGAUUACAACGUGGGCAAAAUCGACAUGUGCAAAAGAUGCGAUAGCAUCCAUCCUAAACCAUUCAUUACUGGCAAAAAGAGAUUCGCUGAAUCAGCAGACAUUGGAACACCAUCUCCUGGAACUUAUGACAUCGUGGAAGUCAAAUACCCAGUGUCGAAAAAGUUUGUUCCAUUCUCUGUGCAAACGGACAGGUUUCCAGACAAACCUCUAGAUCAAAUGCCAGGUCCUGGAGAGUACAAGUUGAAAGGCUCAGUUCAAGAGGCGAUGGAUAGAAAGAAGAACUGGUAUAUGGACGUGGAGCCUCCAUUUUCUACGACAGCUACCAGAAACACGCUCGGUAUCAGUAAAUACACCUUAUCGAUACCAUCUCCUGCUGAGUAUACUAUUAACAUGGAGAAAAAAUGCAAGUUGAAGGUUUCCAGCCCUUUUAAAUCAAAGACACAACGGUUUCCUGGAUCCAGACUUCUGCAAAAUGCCAGUCCUGCGAAGUACGACACAACGCCUGCUUAUCAUGCUCUGACCAACCAGAGGUUCCACAACAUUUACGAAGUACCUUUCAACAGUUUUACCCAUCCUAGAGCACGAGGCUUCUUGGAUCCUAUGUUCGUCAACUAUAAUAACCCUGCGCCGAACAUAUAUUCUCCCGAAACGGAGUUCAGCUGCUCUUGUCAUGCACUAACGAUACCUAAAUCAGACCGAUUCCAAUGUGGCGACGAUGGUGUACCAGGACCAGGCACCUAUUGGAUUCACCCAACUUAUGAUCGAGCCAUACACAAAGCGUCCACAACACAUAACCUAAAACUGAAGGAAGAUGUCAUGAAGCAGAAGAUUAAGAAACAUCCGAACGAGACUUUCAAAAAGUGGUGCACAAGCUUAAGCAAACCCAAAAAGAUGCUGUGGUUCGUGGAAAAUGAAUUAAAGCAAAAUUUCUCAUUAUGAACUACGUGAACAAACGUGUGUCCUCUCAAAGUAUUCAUACAUAGUUGAUAAAGUCUCAUAUAUCUUUUGUAGGAAUAGAAAAGCCUUGUUAUUUCCUA